UUCAUUUACCAGGAGGUAAUUGAUUUGGGUGGAGAGCCCAUCAAAGGCAGCGAGUACUUUGGAAAUGGCCGAGUGACAGAAUUCAAAUACGGUGCCAAACUGGGAACAGUGCUCCGCAAGUGGAACGGAGAAAAGAUGGCCUACUUAAAGAACUGGGGAGAAGGCUGGGGCUUUGUGCCUUCCGACAGAGCCCUGGUCUUUGUGGAUAAUCACGACAACCAGAGAGGACACGGGGCUGGUGGAGCUUCUAUUCUAACCUUCUGGGAUGCCAGGCUCUAUAAAAUGGCAGUUGGCUUCAUGCUUGCCCAUCCUUAUGGGCUCACACGUGUGAUGUCAAGUUUUCGCUGGCCAAGAUAUUUUCAAAAUGGAAAGGACGUCAAUGACUGGUACGGACCCCCAAGUAACGCAGAUGGCUCCACAAAGGCCGUCACCAUCAACGCGGACACGACCUGUGGCAACGACUGGGUUUGUGAACAUCGCUGGCGUCAAAUCAGGAACAUGGUUAUCUUCCGUAACGUGGUGGAUGGUGAGCCUUUCUCCAACUGGUGGGACAAUGGCAGCAAUCAAGUGGCUUUUGGCCGUGGUAACAAAGGCUUCAUCAUCUUCAAUAAUGAUGACUGGUGA